CAACACCUCGGAGUUCGUUCCAAACCGACACAACUAUAUUGAGUACUCCUCGCAGUUCUUUCCAACACCCGGACUCACCGCAGAUGACCAGCAAAGCCGGUGUUGUCGUCACCUCUUCCAGAGCCUCGUCCCGAAGAUCCAGCACUGCGUCCGCCGCUUCUGCGUUCGCUGUGGCGACGGCCGCCUCAAGCAAUCCUCAGGAUCCUAUGGACCACACGAAGCAAUCAUUGCCUCAAUCGCGAGCCAAUAGUCGCCUUCCGAGUGCUGUCGGCACUGACCUUAAGAUACCGAACGCCAGUCGUGUGAAGAGAGAGUCUAUGAUAAGUACGGCCGCAACGAUGCGAGUCCUCAAUGUUCUCCGACAUUGGGUUAGCAAACAUUCACAAGACUUUGAAAACGAUCCCAAAUUAUUGCAAUUGACGUCUGAGUUCUUGGAAGAGUUGGUUCACAACACAAGUCUACUUCCGGCCGAACACAAGGCGGCGGUUCAGCUCUUGCAGAUGAUCUCAAAACAGGCCCUCGAAUACAGAGAUAAAGUGGAUUUGGAUGUCCUCUUAUCGCCACCACUCCUCCCAUCGAAGGAUAAUAUAGAGUCCUUAUCGGCGCUGGAAAUUGCGGAAGUGAUGACUUAUUUGGAUCAUAAGAUCUUCGUUAGAAUACAGAGCGAAGAAUUCUUAGGCCAGGCGUGGAUGAAGGAUAACAAGACAACCAAAGCUUUUCAUAUAUUAUUAAUGACCCGACAUUUCAAUGACAUCAGUCGGUUAGUGGCCUCAGAGAUCAUGAGAGUACCGGAAAUCCCGAAACGAGUGGCCAUAAUCGAGAAGUGGGCGGCCGUCGCAGACAUUUGCAGAUGUCUUCAUAAUUUCAAUGGUGUCCUUCAGAUAUGCGCCGCUUUUACCAACUCAUCGGUGUUUCGUUUAAAAAGGACGUGGGAGAAGGUCUGCAAAACGACAAAGCAAACAAUAGACAAAUUACAGACAUUAGUCUCAACUGACGGUCGUUUUCGAAACAUGAGGGAAGCGUUGCAUCGAUGCGAUCCCCCGUGUAUUCCAUACUUAGGCAUGUAUUUGACUGACUUAUCCUUCAUAGAAGAGGGAACUCCUAAUUUCACAGACGAAGGACUUCUCAAUUUCUCCAAAAUGCGAAUG